AUGUCAGAAUUAUUUGUUGACAGUGAAUUAUUGACCUGUCCAAUCUGUGCAGAUAUCUUCCAGGAUGCUUGUGACACAAGUUGUGGACAUACCUUUUGUGAGUUCUGUCUCAACAGUUGUCUAGAGACAAAGCCAGACAGAUGUCCAGUCUGUGCUAAGGAUCCAUCACCAAUCCAUCCAGCAUUCACCAUUCGUUCAAUAUGUUCUUUGGCCAGUCCUGCCAAAGGUUCUGUAAUUGAUCUAGACCAUGGUGUAUCUUUGGACUCUGAGAAGGAGUUAGGUAAUACAAGUUAUUAUCAAAAUAAGUUUGCAACAGCCAUUCUACAUUAUAACAAUGCCAUUGACAAGGUGACAAAUUCGUCCGAUCCAAAGAACUGUGUUCUGUUCAACAAUAGAGCACAAUGUUACAUUCAUCUGCGUCAAUAUAAGAGAGCAUUAAUGGACUGUGAUGAAGCAAUAAGAUUAAGCAACACCAAUGUUAAAGCAUAUAUGAGAAAGGGAUUGUGUUUAAGACAACUUGGACAUUUUGAAGAGAGUAGACUGGCAUAUGUCAAGGCAAUGACCCUUGAUACUCAACAUAUGUGGACAUCACACAUUAAUGACGGUCUUAACAGUUUGCCAAUAUUCAAGGCUCCAAGUACAACUGCCAACUCAAACGGACAUUCAAGCGGUAGCAACAGCAGCGGCAGCUCCUCAUCAAGCGGCCAUGCUAGUAGCAACAGUAACACAAGUAGCAGCCAUCGUCACCACCACCGCCACCACCACAGCUCAUCCUCGUCACAUGCAUCUGCCCCGGCACAGCAACAGCCUCAGCCCCAAGUGAUAUACCAACAACAGAGUGGAUAUCCUGGAAAUGCAUCAAACUCUAGAUACUCAACCUACUCCACCGCUGCCGCCACAUCCUCGCGAUCCGCAGCUACCCCUCCUCUGGUCCAACCACACCACCACGAGAAGAGGAGGUCAGACUGCAAGACCCAAUAA